AGUAGUGGUCUGACAGCACAGUGUGUUUGACGUGUACUGACUCAGCGUGAUGUGGCGUGAUUCUAGUUCCGGUCGGUCGAGCGCUGGCUCCGAAGUUGUGAUGAUGGAGAACAGCCCCAUCUCCUCACUCCGGGUCUCCGACAUACCCAAUGUGGCGUCGUUAAAUGUUACCAAUUCUCCACAGUUCCACCUCGGGCCGAAGAUCUACAAUGUCAACCAAACAGUUCACCGCAGCGAAGUCAUUAAAGGCCAAGUCCUGGGCCUAGAGUUGGUGUCGGCACCGUCCAGUCGCCACCUGCGCUGUAGCGUGGCAGUAUUUGUGUGCUGGGCUUUCCUGGUCACCUGCGCUCUGGCCUUCAUCAUCUUCUAUUUCGCGCUGUAUAAAGAACAGACCAGGCUAGAUAUAGGUCUAAAGGAGCCGUGGUAUCUCCGGCGGGGUGACUGGCAGGCCAUGCCUCCGUACGCUGUAGAAUUCCUCCAACUGCCCAUCAGAAACGUUAUCAUUGGCCACAGCGCCACCAAAUCCUGCGCCGACAAGUACUCCUGCAUUGAAAGCAUGCUCAGCAUACAACAGGACCAUCUCAGGAGGGAUUACGACGAUAUAGGUCCUAACUACCUCAUCAGUGCUGAUGGCUUACUCUUUGAAGGAAGAGGAGCUAAUGUUAAACCCGCUAUGGUGAAAUUAUGGAACUCAAGAAGCAUCACUGUCAUGUUCUUAGGAAACUACGUAAACGAUACAACCCAGUUAGUUCAGUUCGAGCAUUUGAACAUACUUUUCGAUGUUCUGGUGAAGGAAGAAAUUUUGCAUCGUGACUACGUCAUUUAUGGAUUCUGUCAAAUAUCCACGUUCGUAGUAAGCCCAGGACCUGAAAUCAUGAAGCAGAUGAAUCGUUUCUCGCAUUGGAACUCAACUGAUGCAAAUAAAUGUUUACCGGAAUGAAUGCGGACCCGGUGUUAAGAUUAAAGGUUGUUUCUCGAAAAAUAAAGUUCCUAAAGAGAGAUGUGAAAUGUUAUGCCACGAAGAAGACUGGUUCUCCCGCUCUAAUUCACGUCGCCCUGGGAGCUAUAGUAAAUACUUCGACUUUGUUUCUCUGCCAUGAGAUACGCAGCACCCCAGCUGAAGAAUGAAUGUGUCAUGUACUUGAAAGAUCUUUUAAUUUACCGAAAUGAUAAGGCGAAAACCACAUCAGCACUUCUUACAGAUGGUACGAAAUGAGGAGCAAUUAAUGCAGUAAGUGAUGCUGAAUAGGCCAGAUAUAGAUGAGGAAAAUAGAGGCGCGUUGAAUAUUCUGCACGCGAUCUCGGGCUUAGGUUCCAAAAAUGUAAAAUAUUGUAUUUCUAUUUCAUUAUAUAAUAAUAUAAUAGCUAUUGCCCGCGACUUUACAAUGACCCAUUUUUCCGUGAAAAUUUUGGCAAAUCCUCUAAGUGCUCCCUACACCAUCCAAAAAUGUCAGUUUCCAACGUCUUGUAGUUUCAGUUAUAUAUUUUUGUCAGUCACGCAUAAUAUCAGUAUCACGAUGACGAUAGUUUUAUAAUAUACAAACAUAAAUCUAGCAAGGUACCUACGCCUUCUUCCCGAGGGCAAAAUUUACAAACAUUACGAAUCUUUUCUCUUGUAUGGAUAGUACCUAUGAUCAAUUUAAAAUGCAAGGAUACAGCGAUUGCUUUUCCCUGUUUGCAUUAAAAUGUAUAUUUUCCUCAGAGUACUAUUAGUCAUUCAUAAUAUGAAUGUUCCGUUGAGGUCCAACAAUGAUAAACUGGGUUUUCUCUAAGUGAUAAGCACAUGCGUAUAGUUUACAUUAUGUAGGUUCCAAAUGCAAUCAAAUUAUUAUAAACAGUGGAUGGGAUGGUGCAAAUGAUAAUGAAUCACAAG